AUGGAAUUGAAAUCGAUGGAUACAGUGGAUAUGCCCCUUUUCGGGAAUACUCUGAAGCUAAUGAAGUUCUGGUCGUAUCUCUUCGUUCACAAUUGGCGUCGGUAUGUUGCAAUGGCUCCAUACAUGAUUAUCAACUGCACUCAGUAUGUGGAUAUAUAUCUGAGCACCGAAUCCCUGGACUUCAUCAUCAGAAAUGUAUAUCUGGCUGUUUUGUUUACCAACACCAUAGUAAGAGGUGUUUUGUUGUGCGUGCAACGAUCAAGUUAUGAGCGAUUCAUAGAGAUGUUGAAGAGCUUCUAUAUAGAAUUGUUGGAAUCAGAUGAUUCUACUAUCACUUCUUUGGUUGAAGAGACAACUCGCCUAUCGGUUUUUAUAGGAAGGAUUAAUUUGAUGAUGGGGUGUUGCACCUGCAUUGGUUUUGUUACCUAUCCCAUUUUUGGUUCUGAAAGAGUUCUGCCAUAUGGCAUGUAUUUGCCCACUGUUGAUGAGUACAAAUACGCGUCUCCCUUUUAUGAGAUUUUCUUCGUGAUCCAAGCCAUUAUGGCCCCAAUGGGCUGUUGCAUGUACAUUCCUUAUACAAAUAUGGUAGUGACUUUUACCCUUUUCGCCAUACUCAUGUGUCGAGUCUUGCAACAUAAGUUGAAAAGCAUAGAAAAGCUGAAAGAAGAACAAGUUCGAGGGGAAAUCAUUUGGUGUAUAAAAUAUCAAUUGAAAUUGACUGGAUUAGUGGACUCCAUGAAUGCACUGAAUACCCAUCUUCACUUGGUGGAGUUCCUGUGCUUCGGGGCCAUGCUAUGUGUUCUUCUUUUUUCAUUGCUGAUUGCUCAAACAAUUGCCCAGACCGUCAUAGUGAUUGCAUACAUGGUAAUGAUAUUUGCCAAUAGUGUGGUACUCUAUUACGUGGCUAAUGAACUGUACUUUCAAAGUUUCGACAUUGCCAUUGCCGCCUAUGAGAGCAAUUGGAUGGACUUUGAUGUGGACACACAAAAGACUUUGAAGUUUCUCAUAAUGCGUUCACAAAAGCCCCUGGCGAUUUUGGUGGGUGGCACCUAUCCCAUGAACCUGAAAAUGCUGCAGUCGCUGUUGAACGCCAUCUACUCGUUCUUCACCCUUCUGCGUCGCGUUUACGGCUAG